AUGUCGACAAAGAACCUUCUAUCAACCUUCGCUGUCCAUUAUUUUGGCUUCACAAUGGCGUUGGACUACUCUAUUGUGCUUUUGUCAGUAGAAGAGUUAUGGGGUUCCCUUGGUGGAAGUGCAACUUUGUUUGGUUUCAUGUUCGGUAGUUACGCUCUUGCUCAAGCCGUUGUUUCGCCUCUACUGGGCUACAUCUCGGAUUUGCGUGGCUUAAAAUUCGCCGUGAUGUUGUCAUUGAUUAUUAAUGUAACGGGAAAUGGGUUGUAUGGCCUAUCCGUUUUGGCGCAAUCGCUUCAUAUGGUUUUUGUCGGUCGAUUUGUAGCAGGCCUUAGCGCUGGUUCGGUGACCCUUUCGCUAAUCUACUUGACGAACACGACUCCGCGAGAAACCCGUGGAAAAUCUGUGGCUAGCUUCAAGCUUGCCCAAGCAAUUGGUUUGUUAGGGGGGCCUUUAAUUGGAAUGUUUCUCGUACCUCUUCUGGCAGGUCAUGAAGAGACGACCACAACGACUAGUAAAAUAUUCAACUUGUAUACAACCCCUGCUUGGUUGGCGACCGCGAAUGUUGUGUUAAUCAUGUUACCACUGAUAAAAUUCUUUUUUAAGAACCCUAUGGCGCCACACAUGGCAAUGAAGUUUAAUUGCAGAGAGGCGAAAAGACUCGUUGUCCACUCUACAUUGUUGAUGUUGUCAGUGUUUUUCGGAACGGCGUGUUUCUGGGGAAUUAUCAGUGACUUAUUCACCCUCGCGUUCGGACAGUACCACCUGAUAUCGUCGGAGAGAGACUUAUGGAAAGUUUAUAUUUCUGGUGGAAUCGCUUUCGUUGUCGCUGGAACUGUCAUACGGGGAACAAUUCACCGAAAACUAUCCCCCGCGAUGUUCUCAAUUCUUGGGUUGAUUGUUAAUGUCUGGGGAUUUGUUUUGCUUAUAGAUUACAAAUUAUCCGACAAACGUUUGCAGAAUGGCUUUUACUUCGGAGCGGUGGCUCUUUCCACUUCCGGCGGAGCGUUUUUCUUCACUGGCGCGGGUGUUUAUUACUCGCAAAAGAUCACCGAUUUCAGCGACGAGGCGCGAAACCGCCGCGGAGUUUUUAUCGGUGUUUUCAACCUCGCCGAGGCACUCGGCAGAUUUGCCGGGCCCGCUGUUGUUUCAUUGUUUCUUCGUUUAACAGACAAAGGAACCGCACGAUGCGAGUCAGUCAAAUUUGAUCCUACCCACUGUCAAGUUUUGAACGUAAACAUCGUUCUCGCUGUCCUCUGUGGAAUUCUGUCUAUAAACCUACUACUGUUUAUAUAUUACCAUGUUGUUCACGGGAAGAGGCGGACAGAUGGAUUCCUGCUCAGUAAUACGGACGUUACCAACCCUGGUGAAGGGCGACUCAGGUUUACGGACGAGACGGAUGAUUAUUUAGACAGGGAAAACGAGAGAAGAGUACCUUUCCGUUCCCAGAUGGAAUUAUCUCCCCCUCAAACUCAUAGGAGAUCAUCUCAUGCUUCUUCUCAGGACAGCAGUAUACACACUGUCUGA